AUGCGCCGACCUCGCGUGGAGAUUGCUUCUGCCAUGGAACCACGUCACCCCGAGCUCGAGGAGUCCAGCACUGCCACCGUGGACGAGGUGCUAAAGCCGGUGGAGGCGCCAUCGGACGGUGAAGAAUGCCCCAUAUGCUUGGAUCAAGAGAGGGUAACGACCGCGUGGAAGGAGACAGUGUGUGGGCACAUCUUUCAUGAGCAAUGCGUGGAGAGGUGGCUCGAGACGAAGGGGAGUUGUCCCAUGUGUCGGCGUCAGCUUCAAGAACCAUGUGAUGCUGCAAAAUAUGGUAUUCGUCGUAGUCCCCUCAUCAUGAUGGCGGUGGAAGUAAUGGACAACUCCGACCUUCCAGAUCGAAGUAACUACUUUAGGCAAUAUAGGCAGGAGACGUUUGUAGGGUGA